UUUACGUGAUACCUUCGCGGCGUGUCGUAGCAAUGAAGAGCAAUACGUGAUGUGCGGCAAGGCCAUGGCCCAUCUUUGCAUCCAGUCGGUAAAAAUCACUCCAGAACUUGUGAACGAAAAAUUUUGGCAUGAAGAAUUUCAGCGAACACGAAGUCGUUUCAUUCGCGAAGCAUUCAUGGCCUGCCGUGCCGCCUACCAUCAGUUCAAGAAGACACCGUCGAAUCAAGACGUUGUUCGACUGAAGUACCAGGCCAGUGCACGCACCGCCCUUAGAGCAAUGGUUGUCCAUGGAAUGGACCAUCACCUUUCACGUCCGAACAACGAAAAUUUAAUUUGGAAGGGUGAUCUGUGCUGGUCCCACAUUAAAGGGGAUAAACCCGACUGUCAAGAUUUUGACUGGCUCGUUGAUUACCUGGCGGACGAAACAGAGAAUGACAAAGCCGAUGAAACAGAGAAUGACAAAGCCGAUGAAACAAGUUAUGCUUUACUUGCACUGAGCGCCAUGCGUGGCCUAGGGAGCUCCCCCAAGCGACGUUCCUACAUCAUGUCGCUUAUCCGUUGUAUGGGGUACACUAGACCUCGCCGAGUCCGGCAUGCUGCGUUGAGAGCUAUUUGUGAAGCUCAAGAAGAACUGGCUCCUAUAGCAAAGGACUCGAUGCCACAAGGUGUCGACGCAAAACUCAUGAAUAAGCUUGCUUGCGCUCUUCUCACCGCCGUACGUCCAAACCACGACCAGACAUUCAACGAUGGUGGACUCGACGCCUACAUCCGCCUCAUUUAUGUUCUGACGAAGCACGACGAGUGGUGUCAACGUCUGACCCAGGACUGUCACAGCCACCUUCCCUUGUGCAUUUCUCUAGCUGGCGAAGUUAGUGAAAUAUAUGAUCGGGAUGUCGGGUUCUACCUUGCUGUGAUUAUCGGGCGCAUCAAUCCCUUGAGCAAGGACCUUCCCUCCAGCCCUCCUCAGGGUGACUUCUGGCAGCUCAUUAAAGACACGUGGCAGCACGCACGCAAUUGUGCAAGCCUAGGGAAUGACGACUACGUUGGUGGAAUACCAGCCCUCGUAACAGCGACGAGGCUGACUUUCCCAGGCUCAUAUAAUACUGUUCCGAGGAAAGAUGUUGCUAAACAGGUGCGGUGGGCUUUGGACGAUUUGCAGCGAAAACAGGUGCGGUGGGCUUUGGACGAUUUGCAGCGAAGGAAGGCAACACUUGUGGAUAGUGGUAUAGCUCAGACUACAGUUGACGAUGCAAUAUCUUCUGUGCAGGGCUAUCUAGGCGAAGACCAGAGCGCCCCGCAAGAGGGCGGUGGAAACUUGGGGUCGUGAAGGACAAUGACCCAGUCUGCGGCCACUUUUUGUUGCGCACAAGUUGUACACAUACUGUAUAUAUAUGCCGAUAUCCUGUUCACGAGUUGGUUGUCGCUGAUGUCUUUACUCAAAGAAUGAAUACGGUACUUCUUCUACUUACCUUGUGCUCAUUACAAUUAGGAAUGCUCUGUCCAUCAACACACAAGAAAUUGAAUGUCGGGUACUGGUC